GAACAUGUUCAAGAUCCUCAAACCACUCGUAUGCAUGUGAAAAUAGUGAGGGAGCUAGAACAUUGUUUGUCGAGGGAUAUAGGCCAGGCGGUGAAGAUUAAUGUUCAGCAGCUUCCAUAUUUCUGGCCAAGUUGCAAAGUCACGGAAUCUCGAGCUCGGUCCUUUCCCGCCCGGCAAGAACUUGAGGUGGCUCUUCGAACUUCAACCUCCCAGCAGACCGACCUCCAUCUCCAUCACCUCUCCACUCCCAUCAAUUCCUUCCCGAGACCCGUCAAAAUGCUCAGCAGCGGCAUUGCCAGGUCAUUGAGGGCUUCCGCCCGUCGCCCUGCUACUUUGCAGCGCGCCUUCCAGCCCAUCAAGUCUUCGUUCGCUCCCGCCUUGAGCCAGCGCUACGCCAGCACCACCCCCAACCAGGAUGGCAGAGUCCACCAGGUCAUUGGUGCCGUCGUUGACGUCAAGUUCGACGGUGAGCAGCUGCCCGCCAUUCUCAACGCCGUCAACACCGAGAACAACGGUCAGAAGCUCGUCCUCGAGGUCGCCCAACAUUUGGGUGAGAACGUCGUCCGCUGCAUUGCCAUGGACGGUACCGAGGGUCUCGUCCGUGGCCGCAAGGUCGUCGACACUGGUGCCCCCAUCAUGAUUCCCGUCGGUCCCGGCUGUCUCGGUCGCAUCAUGAACGUCACUGGUGACCCCAUUGACGAGCGUGGUCCUAUCAAGGGAACCAAGCUUGCCCCCAUUCACGCCGAAGCUCCCGCAUUCGUUGACCAGUCCACCUCUGCCGAGAUUCUCGCCACUGGUAUCAAGGUUGUCGACCUUCUCGCCCCUUACGCCCGUGGUGGUAAGAUUGGUCUUUUCGGCGGUGCCGGUGUCGGCAAGACUGUCUUCAUUCAGGAGCUCAUUAACAACAUCGCCAAGGCUCACGGUGGUUACUCCGUCUUCACUGGUGUCGGUGAGCGCACUCGUGAGGGUAACGAUUUGUACCACGAAAUGCAGGAGACCGGUGUCAUUCAGCUUGACGGCGAGUCCAAGGUCGCCCUUGUCUUCGGUCAGAUGAACGAGCCCCCAGGUGCCCGUGCCCGUGUCGCCCUUACUGGUCUUACCGUCGCCGAGUACUUCCGUGACGAGGAGGGUCAGGAUGUGCUUCUCUUCAUUGACAACAUUUUCCGUUUCACCCAGGCCGGUUCCGAGGUGUCUGCCCUUCUCGGUCGUAUUCCCUCUGCCGUCGGUUACCAGCCCACCCUCGCCGUCGACAUGGGUGGUAUGCAAGAGCGUAUUACCACCACCCAGAAGGGUUCCAUUACCUCGGUCCAGGCUGUCUACGUCCCCGCUGAUGAUUUGACUGACCCUGCUCCUGCCACCACCUUCGCCCAUUUGGACGCCACCACUGUCUUGUCCCGUGGUAUCUCCGAGUUGGGUAUCUACCCCGCUGUCGACCCUCUGGAUUCCAAGUCUCGUAUGCUCGACCCCCGUAUCGUUGGUCAGGACCACUACGACACCGCCUCCAAGGUCCAGCAGAUGCUCCAGGAGUACAAGUCGCUCCAGGAUAUCAUUGCCAUUCUUGGUAUGGAUGAGUUGUCUGAGGCUGACAAGCUUACCGUCGAGCGUGCCCGUAAGCUCCAGCGUUUCCUGUCGCAACCCUUCACCGUUGCCCAGGUCUUCACUGGUAUCGAGGGUGUCCUCGUCGACCUCAAGGAGACCAUCAAGUCAUUCAAGGCCAUCAUCGCUGGUGAGGCCGAUGACCUUCCCGAGGGUGCCUUCUACAUGGUUGGUGAUCUCGCAAGUGCCCGCGCCAAGGGCGAGAAGAUUCUUGCCGAUCUUGAGAAGAAGUAGAUCUCGUAAUGGAGAAUGUUGAUGAGGAGCUUUCUGGGCAAUCUGCCAUAGCCAUACCCGCGACGAAUAUCAAAAGAUUAAAAGCGACAUUGUAAAAAGGGAGGGGUCGUCUUUUGGCGGAAAGAGGUGAAUGGAGAUUACCGAGAGCUUGUGUACUUUAAGAACUGCGAUUUCCUCUGUGUCCACAAAUACUCGGCCCCC